UCAGCUGUCGUUGUGCCGUCAGCAGGAACUCCUCCUCUUCCUCCUCCUCCCCCUCCCCCUCCUCCUCCUUUCUGUCUCUUCUUCACCUCCUUCACUCCACGGAUCCUGCAAUCUGAGCAUGGAGACGGUGAAAGCGGCCGAGCUGUUGGUGCCCCCACCGGCUGACGCUAAAGGUGAAAAAGCUGCUCCUCCUGCAGCCUCCUCCUCCAACAACCCCAUGGACGAGUACAAGAGGCGGCUGGAGAAGAUCAUCAGCACGCACGGCUCUGCGGCCGGCCUCCUGGACCAACAGAGUUUGAUGGAGACGGAGGUGGAAAAGAUGAAGACAGAGCCGAAAGAUGAACUUCCCAUUUCGAUGGAGACUGAGGUGAGCCUCAUCAUGAAGAGUCUGAAUAAGAGCUCUUCUCCAGCCAAGAAACUGGAAGAGGUGGUAAAGAAAUACGCCGAAGUGGCGGUGCAGCGGCACGGUGAUGAGAGGAAGCUGUGUGUGUUGCAGCAGCAGAUGUCCAUGCUGCAGCAGGAGAGCCGCAGCAGCGUGACGGCUCGCAGCGAGCUGGAGGCGCUGUGCAGAGAGCUGCAGGGACACUACAACACACUCAGGGAGGAGACCCUUCAGCGAUGCAAGGAGGACGAGGAGAAGAGGUCGGAGAUCACCAGCCACUUCCAGAGCAUGCUGACUGAGAUCCAGGCUCAGAUCGAGCAGCACAGCACCCGCAACGACAAGCUGUGCCACGAGAACAGCAACCUGACGGACAAGCUGGAGGGCCUCAUGACCCAGUGCGAGAUGAGGGAGGAGAGUUUGGAGAAGAUCAACAAGCACCGCGACCUGCAGCACAAACUGACCGAAGCCAAACUGCAGCAGGCCAACGCUCUGCUGGCCGAGGCCGAGGAGAAGCACAAGAGGGAGAAGGAAUAUUUGCUUAGGGAGGCUAUUGACAAAACAAAGAAAUGCUUCGCUAUGAAGGAGCAGGAGCUGGCCAUGAAGAAGAAGCUGACCCUGUAUGCUCAGAAGUUUGACGAGUUUCAGGCGACCCUGGCCAAAAGCAACGAAAUCUACGUCCGCUUCAAGAACGAGAUGGAUAAUAUGUCAGAAAAGAUGAAGAAAAUGGACAAAGACUCAACUCUGUGGAAGACGAGGUUUGAGAACUGCAACAAGGCUCUGAACGAUAUGAUUGCUGAGAGAACCGAGAAAUGCAAAGAGUACGACAUUUUCGUCCUGAAGAUUCAGAAGUUGGAGAGGUUGUGUGACGCCCUCCAGAGGGAGAGGGUGAUGCUCUAUGAAAAGAUCAAGCAAAUCAGCAAGAAUAACUCCAACAUCUCAACAAAGAUCUUCGGUAACUCUAAAGGUGAUGACAAAUCCACCACGCUGAGCCCUUUUGAGCAACAGGAGCUCCAUGAGAUCCAGAUGGAGGACCCGGUCUUGACGGAGGACAUGUCCCGGCUGAAGGAGGAGCAGGCCAAGCUGCAGGAGUUCGCCAACUCCCUGUUGGCUGCACCUGCUGAUAAGGACGAAGAGGACAAUAAGGAGGAAGAAACAGAAGAAGACUUGAUAGCUUCUGCGUUUGACCAUUUCCAAACCAAACCCCAGGUCAAGCAGGAGCAGGAGGUAGAUGUCAAGGCUGAGGAAUCAGUUGUGCCACAGUCAGAUAAAGUCAUAGAAGUCCCAAAGCCAGCCACGUCUUCACCAGUGGAGAACACUUCUGAAGUAAUACCAAUGGACACAAAACCAGACACAGAAAAAGUCCCAACACAGGUCAAGGACAAAGAGGUGCAACCACUCAAAGCAGAUGAGGAGAUCCAGAAGCAACCUGCUGAACCGACACCUGAGCCGGAGAAAGUCAAGAUCGAUCCGCCAACAGAACCAAAACCAAAAGCAGUCGAGGCUGAGGUCAAGGCUGCUGAGGCUGAACCAGUGCAAGAGGAGAAGGUCCAGGCUGAACCAGAAGAAGCACCAACCAAGUCACAAUCUGCUCCACCCUCCAAAGACACACCGAAAAUGGCCGAUGCCUCCAAUGCCGAGUCCUCGAAGAAGCAAACCCCCAAGAAAAAGAAGAAGAGGAACAGCAAGAACGCCAGCUAAAGUGUACAAUGUGCAGAAGGUGUGUGUGUGUGUGUGUGUGUUGUGUUAUUUGGGUAGAGUGUGUGGGUGGGUGUGGGUGUAGCUGAAAUCAAACGGUGCCUUUAGUUUGUCCCAACUGUCACUUCUGUCGAGAUUCAAUGUCCCCAGCUGAGGACGGUCAGAAAUGCUGACUGUAUUUUAAAGUUGUAGUGUCUCGUUCGGCCUGGUGGAGAGAGUGGUAAUCCUUCCUAAAGAAUGAAGAAGUCUAAAGUAUCCAGUGUUUACAGAUGUCCUAUAAAGAGCGAACGUUUUUGCCUUUUGCCAAAACAAAACCCUUGGUUGGUAUCUAUGCCAGUACAAUUGCUGUGUCUCUUUUAAACUAAAGAAAGUGUCUCCAAUAAAGUAAUUCUAUGAAGAGGAA